UAGAAGCAUCUAAAUUUGAUCAUGGAGUCCCAAACAAAGCCUAGAAAGCUUCCAAACAUAGAUUUCACCAAAGAAAACUUGAAACUUGGUACAAGCACUUGGCUUGAAACAAGCAAUGAAGUCAAGUGUGCCCUAGAAGAGUAUGGUUGCUUUGUGGCAGUGUAUGACAAGGUUUCAUUAGAGCUUCACAAUGAGGUUUUUAAAUCAUUGAAAGAGUUGUUUGAUCUCCCCAAAGAGACCAAAGUCCAAAACACUAGUGAUAAGCCUUUCUUUGGCUAUAUGGUGCAACGCCCUCGUGCUCCUCUCUACGAAAGCAUGGGCAUUGAUGAACCAACAACUCUUCAAGGAGCUCAAACUUUCACUAGUCUUAUGUGGCCUUCUGGAAAUCACCAUUUCUGUGAAACUAUGCAUUCAUAUUCAAAGCUACUAUCAGAGCUAGAACUAACAGUGAAGAGGAUGGUAUUCGAAAGCUAUGGUGUAGAGAAGCACUAUGACUCUCAUAGUGAAUCAACCACUAACCUCCUUCGAGUCAUGAAAUAUAGAGUGCCCAGAAUGAAGGAGACUAAUAUUGGAGCUGAUGCUCAUACAGACAAGAACUUUAUCACCAUACUUGAUCAGAAUCAAGUUAAUGGUUUAGAGGUUAAGACUAAGGAUGGCGUGUGGAUUUCUAUUGAUUUCCUGCCUUCAUCCUUCGUUGUCAUGGCUGGUGACGCGUUCUUGGCAUGGAGCAAUGGAAGAGUACACUCUCCUUCACAUCGAGUCAUCAUGAACGGGAAUGAACCCAGAUACUCCCUAGCGCUAUUCACGUACCACACCGGGACAAUACGAGUCCCUGAAGAGCUAGUUGAUGAUGAACACCCAUUACAGUUCAAGCCAUUUGAUCAUCUUGGAUUACUGAGUUUCUUCAAUAAUUUGGAUGUGUCUCGGCAGUCCGAGUUCACUGCCAAAGCCUACUGUGGUGUUUGAGCUGUGAUCUCAGAAACAGAAGCAAUUCUGAGACACUCUAUGAGAAAAUAUGUGUUCAUUUCAUGGUCAGGUUUGUACUUUCAGGUUCUGUAAUGUCAUAUAUGCUAUACAUAUGGUUGUCACUGCUGUUUUGCUUAUCAAAGCUAUGUUCUAUUCUGUAAUUGCCGUAGGUGUUGAUUUCAUGCUUAGGUUUCCACUUUCAGGUUCUUUAAUGUCAUAUAUGCUAUACAUAUGGUUGUCACUCCUGUUUUGCUUAUCAAAGCUACGUUCCUAUUCUCUAA